UGACUCAGAAAAAAUGAAAUAAAAGAAAGUAUGUACAAGGCAGUGACUACACACCCUUUCCCGAGAUAUUUCAGGCGGCUUCCUGGUCGGAGAACCAGGAGGACGCGCAGAGGUGGGACAGGAAAGGAAAGGAGGCGAGGUUGUCGCCUCUGAUUUUAGUCUUUCUCUCUCCUGGUAUUGUCGGUUUACCUUCUGACUUCAUUCUUCGGCUACCGGGAGCGUUUCCAUAGCGGAUUAUUUCUCACUCCAGGGAACCACCGACAAUACCGCCAUCUCCUUGUGAGUGGGAUUGGGAAUACAGCUGUAACUCAAGCCCAAGACGAAUCACCAGAUAUAGACUGAGAGUACUGAAACGAGGCCAUCCUCACCAGGCCCCAGGCAUGGAAGAGCUAGUAUGGGAGCAGUACACAGUGACCUUACAAAAGGAUUCAAAGCGAGGCUUUGGUAUUGCAGUUUCUGGUGGCAAAGAUAACCCACAUUUUGAAAAUGGCGAAACAUCCAUUGUUAUCUCAGAUGUCCUUGCAGGUGGCCCAGCAGAUGGAUUGCUCCAAGAGAACGACAGAGUGGUCAUGGUUAAUGGCACUCCCAUGGAAAAUGUGCCCCAUUCUUUUGCUGUGCAGCAGUUAAGGAAAAGUGGGAAAGUGGCUGUCAUUGUAGUGAAGAGACCUCGUAAAGUGCAGCUCCCGGCUGUUAGGAGAAGCCCCUCACUUGACUAUGAGUACAGAGCCUUCGAUGUCAUGGACGACCGCGCAGAGCUGGAUGGCCGAAGUGCACGAAGUGGCUACAGUGAAAGGAGUUGGCGUAGUGGAAACGAGGGUCGUAGCCAGAGCUGGGGAGACAGCCUCGAUAGGGGCUACAGAGUUGCUCAGGAUCGGGGACGCAACCACAGCAGAGAGCGUGCCUACAGUCGGGAUCGGAGUCGCGGCCGCAGCAUGGAUCGAGACAGGAGUUUGGACCGUGAAUAUCGAAGGCCCCGAAGCAGAGGCAGGAGUGUUGAUAGAGAUGACGCCUACGACCAUGGUUACAGUGGUGGUAGGAGCCUGCCAAGAGAUUAUGACUGGCGAUCCCGUCCUGACCCUCCGUAUGAGAAGGGAGCGAAGAGUGGUAGCAGAGGCAGACUUAAUUCCCGCAGUCCCUCACCUGAACUACCGCGCCAGUAUGAGUAUGGACCACAUCAAGACCCAAAUGGGCCGGUUAAUGUUCUCCUCACAAAAAACAGAUCAAAUGAAGAAUAUGGUCUUCGGCUUGGAAGUCAGAUUUUCAUCAAAGAAAUGACCAGCACUGGAUUGGCAACAAAAGAUGGCAAUUUACAUGAAGGAGACAUCAUUCUCAAAAUUAAUGGUACAGUGACAGAGAAUAUGUCCUUAUCUGAUGCCAGAAAGCUGAUUGAGAAAUCAAGAGGAAAACUCCAGUUGGUCGUCCUGAGGGACAGAAAACAAACCCUGAUCAACAUUCCUUCCAUGCAUGAUAGCGAAUCAGAAAUAGAAGAUAUUUCAGAAAUAGAGUCAAACAGGUCUUGCUCCCCUCAGGAUGAGAGAAGACUGCAUCAUUCUGAUUUAGAUUCUCAUUCCUCCAAUGAACGGUUAAAGGAAAAAUCAAGUGUAAAAGAAGAGACAUCUAGCAGGCUGUCGAAAAUGGGUGCCAUGCCCACCCCUUUCAGGUCAACUGGUGACCUCACUGCUUCAGAGGCCAAGAAUGAACCGAAGUACCAUGAGGAUCCCCCAGUUGCUCAACCAAAACCAAGAAUUUUUCUUGAGCCAAGUCCUGAAGAUCUAGCAAUAUAUGGUCCUGGUACAAAGAUGGUGAAGUUCAAGAAAGGAGAUAGUGUGGGUAUCCGGCUGGCUGGUGGAAAUGAUGUAGGAAUAUUCGUUGCUGGGAUUCAGGAAGGCACUUCAGCAGAGCAGGAGGGCCUCCAAGAGGGAGAUCAGAUCCUUAAGGUAAACAAUCAAGACUUCAGAGGUAUUAUCCGAGAGGAUGCUGUUCUGUACCUGUUGGAGAUUCCUAAAGGUGAUACUGUGACAAUUCUGGCACAGAGCAGAUACGAUGUUUAUAGAGACAUAAUGGCCUGUGGCAGAGGAGAUUCUUUCUUCAUAAGGACCCAUUUUGAAUGUGAGAAGGAAACACCACAGAGCUUAGCCUUCAUCAGAGGGGAGGUCUUCAGAGUUGUUGACACACUGUAUGAUGGAAAACUGGGUCACUGGCUGGCUGUGAGGAUUGAUAGUGAAUUGGAGAAGGGCCUAAUACCCAAUAAAAGCAGGGCAGAACAGAUGGCCAGUGUUCAGAAUGCUCAGCGAGACGGCGCCAGUGACAGGGCAGACUUCUGGCGGAUGCGUGGGCAGCGAUCAGGCAUGAAGAAGAAUCUGAAGAAGAGCCGUGAAGAUUUGACGGCGAUUGCAUCUGUGAGCACUAAAUUUCCAGCCUAUGAACGUGUUAUGCUCCGGGAGGCUGGUUUUAGGAGACCUGUGGUAAUUUUUGGUCCCAUUGCAGACAUAGCAAUGGAGAAGCUGUGCAAUGAGUUGCCUGACCUUUAUCAAGCUGCCAAAACGGAACCAAAAGAUGCUGGUUCAGAAAAAUCCACAGGUGUUGUGCGUUUGAAUACUGUGAGGCAAAUUAUUGAGCAGGAUAAACAUGCUUUGUUGGAUGUUACUCCCAAAGCUGUGGAUCUGUUAAAUUACACCCAGUGGUUCCCAAUUGUAGUGUUUUUCAAUCCGGACAGCAGACAGGGUGUGAAAAUCAUGCGUCACAGGCUAAUGCCCACAUCCAGCAAGAGUUCGCGGAAGCUUUAUGAUCAAGCAAAUAAGCUGAAGAAGACUUGUCAGCAUCUUUUUACAGCUACCAUUGAUUUAAACUCCGCUCAUGACGGUUGGUAUGGAAGUCUCAAAGAUACAGUACAGCAACAACAGAAUGAAGCAGUGUGGGUUUCAGAAGGAAAGCCAGAAGGAAUGGAUGAUGACAUUGAAGACCGUAUGUCAUACUUAACAGCUAUGGGUGCCGACUAUCUGAGCUGUGAUAGCCGACUAAUCAGUGACCCAGAAGACACUGAUGGAGAAGGUGGAGCGUAUACAGAUAAUGAACUGGAUGAGCCAUCUUAUGAGCCAAGAGUGUCUUCCAUUAGUCGGUCCUCUGAACCUGUACAGCAUGAGGAGAACUUAAGGAAAUCCAGCCCAGAACCAAGAACUCAGAUGAGAAGAGCUGGUAGCAGGGAAGUUCUGAGAGAUCCCAGCCCACCUCCAGCAUUCAAGCCUGAGCCCCCCAAGGGUAAGCUGUUAAGUAAAGAAGAGUCAUUUGAUGCCCCUAAGAAUUAUGAACCCAGAACAAAGAGUCCCAGUGCUGUCAACACUGAAUACGCUGGAGUACCAACUAAAGUAGCUCCUCCUCCUAUAGCCAUCAAACCUGCUUUUGGGCGCCCUAUAUUGAAAUCCUCUCAGCCAGCCAUUCUGCCGACAGAGUUAGAGGAGAAAAUACAAGAAAGUGUAGAUGAACAAGAGACCACACCAAAAUCUGUGUUGGGGAAAGUUAAAAUAUUUGAGAAAAUGGACCAUAAGGCGCGACUACAGAGAAUGCAAGAACUACAAGAAGCACAAAAUGCCAGGGUGGAAAUUGCUCAGAAACACCCAGAUAUUUAUGCUGUCCCAAUCAAAACACAAAAGCCGGAGCAGAACUGGUCCCAGACCGCCAGUUCCAGGCCUGAGCCUCAGAAACCACCUGCUCGAUCUUAUCUAGAUAAACAAGGAAGCUAUGGCAGCGAUGCAGAAGAAGAGGACUAUCGCCGACAACUGUCAGACCAGUCUAAACGUGGAUACUAUGGACAACCGUCUAGAUACAGGGAUACAGAAUUAUAGAUCCAUGGGUAGCAAGAACCAUCAUUCUGAGUUUACCCUUGCACAGCCAAAACAGAACCUUGCUCAGUUUCACAAGUUGUAUGUAUAUUUUGAUGAACUGAAGUAUGAACACACUGGAAGGAAAGACUUAAAUGUCCUUUAAGUAUUGGGAAGAAUGAAUCACUAUUGCCUGAAUGCUGUUGCCUAUUUUACAAAAGGACCAAAAAUUCUAUUUUAAAAGUUUGUAUUAAUUUGUGGUAUCUCUAUAUUUUUAACUAUUUCUUUUCCUCAUUAAAACUGCCUUCUAAACCAUUAUUUUAAUUAUUGUGACAUGGUGGAAACUUGAUGGAAAACACAGCAGUGUAGUGCAAAAAUAAAAAGUGCCUUUCUAACAAAAAGUGUCUUCAGUUGUUCUCUGACACAUUAUGCUGGUGUAAAGCCAUAAUUUUUCUGUUGCCUAACUUUUGUAUGCUUCAUGGCUACAGUCUUCCCUUGGAUGUUAUUUUUCUACUUUAAAAAAAUCUGUAUACAAUUUUUUCAAAAAGCAAUGACUUGUACGUAUGAAAAGUUUGUUUUGUAAAUUGGAAGCCACAAAAUCUGGAAGCACCCAGACUGGGAAAGUUAUGUAGAAAAUAAGAGAGAUUGUUUCUUAAACCUUUACACAAGUCAUGAAAUAAUAAAGGGAUCUAUUGAACAAC